AUGUUCAACGCGCAUUGCCUCGGUUUGAUGCGAGAUGCAUGGGAUGCAUGUCGUCACUCGCAGCCUGCUAACAUCUCUUUGUUGCAGCCCGAAUCUUCGCGUCUGCUUGAAGAGGAUCCUUAUCAGGCCGGAUAUGGCUAUGGAGCCCUCAACCAUGCUCAGCAGGCCAGCCAGCCCGACCCGGAAUAUGUGAGGCGUGAGAGAGAAGCGCUGGAAUCCAUUUGCCAGCGGACAUCUGACUCCGUCAUCGAUAUCUGGUCCCUUCAACCACAACCACACCUUCAACCCCACGCAACCCUCCACACUCCCAUUUCUGCAUCCCCUGCUCUGUCACAAAGGACAGGCGGGACAACUCCUGUGACAUCUACCCACCGCACAUCGCCGCCAAGCCGCCCCACCUCCGGUGCGUCAGGCAAUGUCCCAAAACACUGGGGCGAGGUUGUCAUCAACCCAAACAAGAAACGGUCUCGUGCCGACAUCAAGACUGAUACUAAAUCCAGUCAUGAUGUGUUUGGAGUACUGAACGUUACCUAA